CGGAAGCGAAUGCGCGGCCGCGGCGGGGAACGGGCGAGGAGGCGAGCGCCCGCCCGCCACCCGCGGAACCGGCGGGACACGGGACAUCCCAGGGAACAUCCCGGGACACUCGGGGCACCGGGACAUCCCACGGAACAUCCCGGACACUCGGGGGGACCGCGACAUCCCCCAUCAUCCCGGACACUUGAGGCUGCUGAGACACACCGGGGAGCAGCACCGGCACACUCCGGAGGAGCAUCACAGGACACUCCGGGGGGAACACUCCGGAGGAGCAUCCCGAGACACCUUGACAACGAUCCCCUAGCUGAACUCUUCCUCGUUUUGUUUCAAAAUCUUCCUGCUCGGGCAGGAAUCUUUAAAAUCUUCCUGUCCCCGCUGAGGCCGGGUGGUGCUUACGAGGUGGGGGUGGAAGCUGAAGGGAAUGGCUCACCCUGGAAGGCCUUGCAGAGUCGGGCCCUGUGUAACAGGAGAAAUUGCAAAUCUACAAAGAGGCACUCAUUAAAUUAUUCUUGGGACAGGAUCCACCAUGCUCCUGUCCUGUCACGGGCUGCUGCUUGGUUUGUGGCCCAGUGUUGCUUUUUUAACAUGGGCUUCUGGAGCUUUACUUCAGGUAGUGAAGAGCAAAUAUAUUAGUGGGAGGAAGGGCAGGUUUGUGAACUGUUGCUUAAAAGAAAGGGGAAUAUUUCAUGUGUUGUCAUGUCUGAAGAUGCUUUAUUGGAAGAGGACAUUUGGGAAUACAAAUCCAUUAGGAAACGAAAGCAUCAGAGUAAUUCACAGAGCAUCUCUACUCCUGUAGAGGAAGUCAGUGAUGGCAAGGGCAGGCUAAAAAGAAAGGGAAAUAGGAAAAAGAAAUCUGUAAAAAAACCUGAUACACCUCCGAAAACCAAGCAGAGCUCACGGCCAGACCAGGAUGUGGAUCGAUGUAAAGAUGACAGUAGCGUGCACUCCCAGGAAAGCGUGAGUAGCUCGGCAGAACAGGGCUCACAAAAUGCAAAGCCCGUUCACGAUGGAUACUGUCCCAGCUGCCAGAUGCCUUUCUCUUUGCUCUUGGUCCAGACACCUCAGUGGCACGUCUAUGAAUGUUUGGAAACUCCAGGACCCAUUGAAAAAGAGUGUCCUGAUGGUUUACUCUGCACCUCCACCAUUCCAUCCCACUACAAGCGUUACAGCCAUUUUCUACUUGCAGCAAACAGGGCAGGAGAUUAUCUUGUAAACUCUUCAGGAAGCACUGUGGAGACGAAGAUGACAGGUUCUACUGCUGCAAAGCCCAGCUGUUCCCCAAGUCAUGCAGGGGAAACCUCACAGAAUGAGAAACCCUCUAAUGAAAUAAAGCAUGUCCCAAAUGAUGACUGUGCAUCGAUGGUAUGGAAUUCACCGCAAAUGAAGUGUCUAAAUAGAAUCAGUGAAAGUACUUCCUUUUUUGCAGGUGUUCAAAAACCUCAACAGACACUUCAGCUUCCACAGACCACAGAUGAUAGUUGUAAAUUUGAAUUUUUUGAUUUUGCAUCCUCUCAAGAAAGUGAAACAGGAAAAGAUCUGUGUAUUGAGAAAGAUACAUGUCAGCCAAGUCUGCUACAGUCAAGAGUGGAUUUCAAUGACUGUGAAAUUUCUUACUCUCCACUAAGUACAUUUGAGGAAAGUGAAGAGGAAGAUGAGAAGAAAGUAAAAGAAUCACAGAAUAAAUUAUUUGAAGUGCAGAACUCAGAAGAAGAAGAAGACUCUAAUUCUGUGGAAUUGAAAACAUUUGCUGAACUCUUACGGAGGAAGCCUCAGUAUGAGCAUAGGAAAAUGGGAAAUUUCAUAAUUAAAAAAACCCUCUGUGAGGAAGUAAAUACACUGCACCAUCUAGAUCCUCAGCAAGGCAUGGUAGUCAGUGGAUCCUCUUUUGCUUCUAGUUACAAGGAGGCUGAACAGCCAGAACUGAUUUCCUCUGCUGCCAAAUCAGGAACCACAGAGUCCGGAGAUGCUGGUGCUUGUGCUCUGGAUUCUGCAUACAUGAGUUUUACUGAGACAUCAUUACUGCUGGACAGAGAAGAUGCUGCCUCUCUUCUGACACAGAAGAGUAAUAUUUUGAGGGAGCCAAGUAACAUUUUAACUCAUACAGAUAAAAUGACUGCUAGUGCCAUUGAAAAAACAGCUCUCCAGGAGAGUUUGCAGACAGCAGUAGAGAAAAAAGGAAAUCUCAGUACAGCUGCUGUGUGCUUUCCCAGCCCCAUCUCUUCUAAAUCAGUACCAUCUCUUUCAUUAGCAGCUAUGAACACUAAAACCAGUCCUGCCAAAGAACUUAAACAAAUGGACAUUGGUGUUUUCUUUGGGUUAAAACCCAAAGCAAAGGAGGAACGCAAAGGAGAAGCGUGUUUGAGUGAGAAAAAGCAGAUAACAAGUUCAGUAUCUCCUAAUGGAAAGAGGCCCAGACAGCAAAAAAGGAAGGCUGAGGGAUCUGUGGAAGAUGUAGAAGCAGUUACAGAAAAUUCAAGUAAAAAUGGAGCUGUUGCUGAUGUACCUUCUGGUGGCCAACGAAGGUGGAGAAAGAAAUUUAAAGAAUUACCUACUACUGGUGAAGAGCCAAGAAAAAAACAGUGCCCUUUCUAUAAGAAAAUACCAGGAACUGGUUUUACAGUUGAUGCCUUCCAGUAUGGAGAAAUUGAAGGCUGCACAGCUUAUUUCCUUACGCAUUUUCACUCUGACCAUUUCUGUGGACUAACAAAAAACUUCAGGUUUCCAAUCUACUGUAACAAGAUAACUGGCAAUCUGGUGAAGAGCAAACUUCGAGUCCAGGAGCAGUAUGUCCACGUGCUGCCGAUGGACACAGAGUGUGUGGUCAAUGGGAUCAAAGUGCUGUUGCUUGAUGCCAAUCAUUGUCCAGGUGCAACAAUGAUCCUUUUCUACCUGCCAAGUGGGACUGUUAUUCUGCACACAGGGGACUUCAGGGCAGACCCUUCCAUGGAGCGCUACCCUGCUCUGAUGGCUCAGCAAGUCCACACCCUUUACCUCGAUACAACAUACUGUAGUCCUGAGUACACUUUCCCCUCACAACAAGAGGUUAUCCAGUUUGCUGUCAACAUUGCCUUUGCGACAGUGACUUUAAACCCACGAACUCUAGUUGUCUGUGGCACUUACUCCAUUGGAAAAGAAAAAGUCUUUUUAGCAAUUGCUGAAGUUCUGGGCUCAAAAGCAAGUAUGUCCCGUGACAAGUACAAAACCCUGCAGUGCUUGGAGUCACCAACUGUUAAUUCCCUCAUCAGUGUGGACUGGAAGGGUACUUUGCUACAUGUUCUUCCCAUGAUGCAAAUUAAUUUUAAGGGCUUGCAAGAUCACUUGAAUAAGUUUUCUGAGAAUUUUGAUCAAGUUCUGGCUUUCAAACCUACAGGGUGGACCUACUCUGAUUCAUGCCUUUCUCUGGAGGAUAUCAAGCCUCAAACAAGAGGAAAAAUCACUAUAUAUGGGAUUCCUUACAGUGAACACAGCAGUUACCUGGAAAUGAAGCGUUUUGUUCAGUGGUUGAAGCCACAGAAAAUCAUCCCCACUGUAAAUGUUGGUGACUGGAGAUACAGAAGCUUGAUGGAAAAGCAUUUUAGAGACUGGAUGACGGAGGGCAAUAGGCAUAAGUAAAUAUAAGGAAGAAUGUAUAUUUCAAAGGAGGUAGGGUGGAGUGGGAAUUGAGUUCCUGUGAGUUUUAUUUAUCUCCUUUUUCCACUGAGCUUUCUUUAGGGAGGACUAAACUGCCAUUCUUUAAGGAAAGAUAAAUUUGGGAAAAGAAAAAAGGCACCUUGCUUUCUUUUGUAUUUACUAUAUUUUUUCCCCCUGUAGCUUACCAUUUUUGCAAGUUCAUAUCUCAGGUUAUUUUUAUCUCACUCCUUUUCCUCUGUUCUUAAUUUUUCUCAGGUUGUGGAGAUGCUCAGAUGUGUAAUGCUGGGGAUUAAACAGUCUCCAGGGUAAUUUCUGGAAAUAAAUUUAUGUAAUAAAUGAGGCAAUACUAAGCUUAUGUCACAUGCUGUCAACUCAGGCUUCAGAGAAGUUCAUUUCAUGAGGCACAAUUGACUAUUGUGGUUUAAAUCUUGUAAAAAAAAAAAAAAAAAACCAAAAACUUGUGAGAGAGGAUUGACUUGGGCUCCUGCAGCAUAGGUACUUCAGAGGAUUGUUUACAAAAGACAUUUCUACCUACAGUCUGUUCAAGAUUUUCAGCUUUUAUUUUAGUUAUCUUUUUUAAAAUAAAGAAGGUAUGUUAUGCCUGUGUGUUCUUUCUGAGCAAAUUGCUUUUCCUUUCAGUGCCAGAGUUGCUAACCUGAGCAACCUGUCUGCAGUCUUUGGUAAAUGUGCUGUGUAUGUUGCUUGUCUGAGGUUGCUCUUGUGUCCUGGUAGUGCCAGUUCUCAGCACAUGUUCAGAGCACAGAAGUGGUUCCUCAUCACAUAAUCCUCAUUGAGGUUUGCAGGGUUGUUUAUAUAAAGGUUUGGCACCUGAAUUCUGGAAAAACAAGAAAGACAAAUGCUAGUAGUGGCAGCAGCAAAGUAUAUGUCACUUUGCAUUUUUUGCCCUGAUCCUACCAGAUUAUCCAGUGCUGCUUUUUCUGUAUCUGCCUGGUGUUUAUGUACUGAAGUAUCUGGGUGCAUGCAGGCACACUAGUAAAAUUUUAAUCACUAAAAUAAAAACUGUUCCAAACUUCCAGGAUUGAAUCAAAUGUAAAGAAUGAUCCCCCAGCCCCUCAGAGUAGCUUGUCUGGAAUCUUCAAUGCCAUUUUAUGUUGUAAAACAUUUUUGUAAUGAUCAGUGUGAAUGUAAACAGAUCCUUGUCUCUUGAGUGAUGAGCUCUGUAAUGUGAAGUCGCUUGUUUUAUUUCUGUCUUGUGAGAGAAAUAACUGAGAAAUUGAUGGAAAAAAGAUUCUUUGUACUAAAA